UGUAGGUUAUGGUACUGUCAAAGUGAUAAAGAAAAUACCUUUCAGAAAUGGUCAUAGUUGAUAAUAAAACGAUUAUCUCCCAAAAUGACAUCGCUAGAGAAUGCACAAUCAAUAUUGCAGAUAAAGUAAUUUUAGCUAGCACAAUUAAUUUUGCAAAUAAAGUAAUUUUAGCACCAAUGGUUAGAGUCGGAACGUUACCCACCAGAUUGCUGGCAUUGGAAUAUGGGGCUGAUAUUGUUUAUACUGAAGAACUGAUUGACUGGAAAUUUUUGAGAUCAUUCAGGGUUGUCAAUGAUGCCCUAGGUACAAUUGAUUACAUAGAUCAGUCAGACGGAACCAUAGUAUUUCGGACAUGUGAACAAGAAAAGGAUAGGGUUGUGGUACAGUUGGGGACUAGUGAUGUAAAAAGAGCUUUAAAGGUGGCCAAAAUGAUUGAGAAUGAUGUAGCUGCUAUUGACAUCAAUAUGGGUUGUCCGAAAGAAUUUUCUCUAAAAGGUGGAAUGGGUGCUGCAUUAUUGACACAACCAGAGAAAGCAAAAAGCAUAUUGAGCACAUUAGUUCAAAAUGUAAAAAUUCCAAUAACAUGUAAAAUAAGAGUAUUUGAGGAUGUGGAAGAGACGGUAAAGCUAGCAAAACAACUGGAAUCUACAGGAAUCUCAGCUAUAGCGGUCCAUGGUAGAACAAAAGCUGAAAGACCACAACAUCCCAACAGAUGUGAGACCAUUAAAAAAAUUGCAGAAGCUUUGACCAUUCCAGUAAUAGCAAAUGGUGGUUCUAGGGAAAUCGAAAACUAUAAAGACAUCCUCAAAUUCAAAGCAGACUGUGGAGCUAGCAGUGUUAUGAUUGCUAGAACUGCUCAAGGGAACUGUUCUAUAUUUAGACAAGAAGGCUUAGUUGAUCUAGAAGAAGUUAUUGUGAAUUAUUUGAAGAAUGCAGUUGAUUAUGAUAAUCCUCCAAGUAAUACAAAGUACUGUGUGCAAAAUAUGUUGAAAGAGCUGCAGGAGACACCAAGGGGGAAGAAGUUUUUGGAGUGUCAAACUUUAGAACAAAUAUGUUCGAUAUGGGGCUAUGGUGAAUACUGCCGCAAAAAACAGCUAGAAUACAUGUCAAAAGGCAUGAUGGGUAGACGAGAUGUGGCGCCAGAUCGACUAGAUCCACAACAGAAAAGAAAGAAGACAGAAAUUGACAAUGAACCUGUCGACGUUGCUAUGAAGUGCGCCUUUAUUAGAUCUAAUUAUACAGAAGAUGCAGAUUUGCCAAAGACUAAAUUAAUAGCCUAUUGUGGGAAAAGCAAACUGCACAAUCCAAAGUACAAAGUUUUUAACGAAGACAAACUUUUCAGGGCAGUUGCAACACUUGAAGGGAAGAAAUAUAGUUCAACUUAUUGGUAAUAUAAAUAUUCCUAAUUAUCAACCAUACAGUGUUAUUGCUAAUCAUGGGCGAGAGGGGGUAAGCGCCGUGCCUCUCCCUGAGAAUCCUUAAAAUUUGCAUGUAAAAUUUUGUGGAUUUGGCACCUCUCGCUGUCUAAAAACUUUUGGGGCAGGUACACUUUUUCCUUUCAAUAAUCGGCCCCCUGAGAAAGAACCUUGCAGGCGCCCAUGUCAACAUCACAAUACUCGAACACCAUAAGAAGCGUAAAUUUCAAUAUUGCCUAGGUAUAGCCAUAGAUUAACUCAUUUUCAAAAAAGAAACUCAACCUUGGGCUUAGUUCAAAUGACGCGCUUUCAUCAAAAGCUAGCUUUGAAAAUGCACAAAAUUCUAAACUGAAAAAUGUCUCUUCAUGUUUUCUAAGGCUGGCGUAAAGUGUAAAGAAUAAACUUGUAGAAAGUCUGUUCCUUAAAAUCAGGUAAACCCAGGAUGUCCUUCCUCUCCUAUAUCAGUACAUUAUUCUGUAUGUUAACCAAGCACAAAUAGCAUCAUCCACAUUCCAUUCUUGUUGACUAAACACAAUAAAUUGCCGCUCAAUUACCUCGUCGUUUUUGCAAUGUUUUGAAUGCGAAAUAUUUUAUCAGUGAAUCAUCAUAAAAGCUAGUGGUACUGUGCAUGAAAAUGCAUAACAAAUAACGAUGAUUUGUUUAACAAAAAAUGAAUUUUGUUUUUUUAUAAUUUCGAUGACAUUCUGCUUGAUCUUGUAUUUUUGGUUUAUUGAGGAUUAUAGUUUUAUUCUACACCAUUUAAUAGCUAGUAUGUGAAGUUGUACUUUUUUUGUGCUAAUUCUACAGCUUUUUGUUAUCCGAAGUAUGCUACGUUAAGCAAUAAAUGCUAUCUAACAUGGGUCAAAAUGAGUGUAAUAAAAUGCAAAUUAUUUUCAAACUUCAUAUACAUAAAAAUGACAAAUCAAUGUUUCUUAUAGAGAGUUUGGACAUGUUUAAUGUUACAGAAGCUGUUCAAAAUAUCGUGAAUUAUUGGUUAUGCACAUUGUUGUUCUUAAAACAAUAUUUCGUUCGCAGCGGUAUGGAUCCAUUUCAAGGGGGGUGAGGUAUGACAUUGUAGGAGGUGGAUUUGUCGAUAAAAAUAGCUGAAAAAUAUCCCCCUCAAAUAUCGGUAUGUCGUGACCAAACACAUUGUGUGUGUAUAUAUAUAUAACUUGAGACGUGGUCAUUGUCGUUUAGACCAGUUAGUUGAAAAAUAAAGCUUCCGACUUUUGUCAAAGUACCCAACAACAGACGGAAGCUUUAUUUUAUACAUAUAAAUACACUAUUAGGCUGGCACCACUGAGCCAAUUUUGACAUUUCCUGGGGUGUCUGCAUUGCAUAAUUUUAAUAGUAACAUACUGUUCAAGAAUCAUUGUUUCAGGGAGAAAAAUAAAAAGUUUGCUGAACAAGGUGCAGCUUUAGUGGCUUGUGUACAUUUAGGAAUAGUUCAUAAAGAAGUUCUACUAAAUGACGGUAGUAUGUUAGAAUGAUUCCGAUUUUUGUUACUAUUUUUAUAUAUUUAACUGAUCAAAUACAUUUAUUUAUUAUC